AUGUUCCCCCGCGGGGAUGCCGCCGCGGACGAUCAUGGUGAUUCUGAAUCUGAGCGCACAGAUUCGCUCCUAACGGCGUGCGACAACGCGCCGCUUGAAGCGCUGGAGAUUGGGUCGCAAGCGCGUGAACCUGGCGACGUGUACGACGUUUUUCCGCUGCUGGCGAUGCCCCUGCGACUGGUGGGGGCGGAGCGAAACAGCAUGCCGAUUUCGUGGAGGAUAGUAACCAUCGCAGCGGACGACGAAUUGGUGACGAGCGGGCAGCUGAAACACUCCCUGAGCGAAUUAUUGGAUCGCGUUCGCGAGUGUGCGAACAAAACAGAAUUCUUUGGCGAAAUCAUGGCACCAGGUCGCUCCCCCAAUCCCUGCUUCGGCGCCUCCGCCUCUCUUUCGUUUGCAGAAGGGACAGAAGAAGAAGCGCGAGAAAGGCCCUCCGGGCUCCAAGGCUUGAGAACUAAGAGCUUGGAGCGGGGAACGUGGAGCGGCGGAUGCGGAGGAAGCGGAGGAGGAGCGCUGAUACGAACCUCACGAAUCGUUGGUCGAGAUUCGCUGAUCGGGCGCGUGACGCUAGAAGCGGAGGAUUCCGAACCUGAGGAGGUGGAAUGGGGGAAGCCCGGAAGAAGAGCGGAGGAAGAGGAGGAUCAAGCGGAGGAAGCAGCAAGGCAAGCCAGAGAGGCGGAGGAUGCGGAGAGAGCGGCAGAGCAAGCGAGGGAGGCGGAGCAGGCGGAGCAAGCAAAGGAGGCGGAGCAGACGGUGCUGCAUGCUCACAGCACGUGGCGAAUCCUCUGCCCCACUCUGCGCCGGCCGGUUCUCAAGCGCCUGGAGAGUCAUCGUGGCGGGUCACGACUGUAUGAGAAACAGCGGCAGCAGCAGGAGGAGGAGGAGGAGGAGGAGGAGGAGGAGGAGGAGGAGGAGGAGGAGGAGGAGGAGCAGCAGGAGCAGCAGCAGCAGCAGCAGCAGCAGCAGCAGCAGCAGCAGCAGCAGCAGCAGCAGCAGCAGCAGCAGCAGCAGCAGCAGCAGCAGCAACAGCAGCAGCAGCAGCAGCAGCAGGAGCGGCAGAACAGGCUUUUCCGCAGCCCUCCUGUGCCUGCAUGCCAUUCUGCCGGUGCUCUGCCGGAUUCCUCUUGGUCCUUCACUUCAAAUCCUCCUCCCCCGUCCUCUCCACUUACCUCUUCCGCAUACUCAGCCUCGUCUAAGUCAGAUUCGUUAUUGUGUAAGGCCGCGGGCUCCAGCAAGGCAGUGCGUCAAAUCCCCCAACGGAAAUCUGAAUCAAAUCUCAGGGACACGGGCGUGUGGAGGCUGAUUGCGCCUCCCGAAAGCUAUGGGCUUCCGGGGAUGGUGUCUCCUCACGUGCCGGGAGGGAAUGGUGGAGGAGGAGGUGGAGGGGGAGGAGGAGGAGGAGGAGGAGGAGAGGAGUGA